AUAUCUGCCUACAGACAAAGCAGUCGUUACACAAUCUUUAUAUUUUGAUUACAAAUUACGAAAUAUGACAUGUCUAUAAAAUAUAUCUCAUUCUACUAAUUAUAUUUAAAUAUACAGCACUCGAUAUUCCGAGAUACGUAAAAUUAUUGCGUCGCGAUGAUACUAAGAUGGUAUAACGUGGUUAAACUUUUGAAGCAUAAUAGCGUACGAUCACCGCUGUGUAAAGCUUUAUCGACAGUUUCCGAAGCUCGACCGAGGAACGAAAUAACAUUGUUCGACCAUAAGUAUCCAACGGACGAAUGGACGAACAUCAGUACAAAUGUUAUUUCUAAAUUAGGAAGUAACUUGCAUGUCACGCCGUUCCAUCCUUUGUCCCAUGUACGUCAACGUAUCGUUAAUUAUUUUUACAUGCAAUUUAGUAACCGCAUUGGGAAUCCAAUCUUCAGUGUAUACGACAAUAUAUCCCCUAUAGUGACGGUUGCUCAAAAUUUUGACUCUCUUCUUGUGCCAAGCAAUCAUCCGAGUAGGCAGAAAAAUGACUGUUAUUAUAUAAAUCAAGAUACUUUGUUACGUGCGCAUACAAGUGCACAUCAGGCGGAACUAAUUUCUAUGGGAUUGAACAAUUUCCUUGUGAUCGGUGAUGUUUAUCGGAGAGACGAAAUAGACAACAAGCAUUAUCCUGUUUUUCAUCAAGCAGAUGGUGUCAGACUAUGCACAGUAGAAGAGGUAUUUGAACGUACAAGCAAUUCUGACGAUUUAAAGCUGUUUGAACACAGAGGUGUGGAAAGCAAUGAGAAGCAAGCUUGCCACACUUUGGAAUCUGUCAAGAUAAUGGAACAUGAAUUGAAAAAUACUUUGACAGGAUUGGCACGGAUACUUUUUGGACCGAAUAUACAAACUAGAUGGAUAGGACAAUAUUUUCCUUUUACAUAUCCAUCAUGGGAAUUGGAAGUCUACCAUAACAAUCAGUGGUUAGAAAUAUUGGGAUGCGGUAUUAUGCGUCAAGAAAUUUUAACAAAUUCAGGUGUAACAGAACGCAUUGGAUGGGCGUUUGGAUUGGGCUUAGAAAGACUAGCUAUGUGUUUAUAUAAUAUUCCUGAUAUCAGGUUAUUUUGGAGCAAAGACUCCGGCUUCUUGAGCCAAUUUGAGUUCAAUGAUCCUAACAAAACAAUAGAGUACAAGCCUGUUAGUGUUUUUCCUCAGUGUACGAACGAUGUAAGCUUUUGGUUACCCGUGGAUGGUAGCUACUCAAAGAACGAUUUUUACGAUUUAGUACGAAAUGUUGGCGGUGACCGGGUAGAACAAAUUUUGUUGAAGGAUGUGUACGUUCAUCCUGUAACUAAAAGAAACUCGCAUUGUUACACUAUAGUAUAUAGACACAUGAACCGAACGUUAUCGAAGCGAGAAGUGAACAAUAUUCACAAUUUAAUAAAAAAGUAUGCCACUGAAAAAUUACGUGUUGAGAUUAGAUAAAUUGGAAUAAAUAACUUUUAUAACAAUUUCGGGUUGUAUACUAUUAUUAUUUAAAUACCAAGCUUCUUUACCUCGAGCGGUUAGAAAAAUAACGAUAUAAAGAAUUAGUCAGAC